AUGAACGUCAGACUGAUUUCAAAAACAGAAGUUUCACAAGAACACCUACGUGCACUUGCCGAUGAAUCGGCAAGUGCUGAGUUUCUUGCUGUGCUCCAAGAACCUGAGGCCUUGAUGAUCUAUAUUGCACGUGUGUCAGCUCCUGCGUCGCAGCAGAAGCUUGAAUUUCGCGGUCUGCUUGAAUACUGCUAUCAACAUGGACACUGGUCCGUAUUUGAAAUGAUCGAUGCCACGCUUGAAAUACAAACAAGCCGAGCGAUUGCCCAACAGAUCCUCCGGCAUCGAAGUUUUGUCUUUCAGGAAUUCUCUCAACGCUAUGCUGAAGCACGUCUUGGAUUCGAGGAAGUCCAAGCUCGCCGACAGGAUCUGAAAAAUCGUCAGAACAGUAUCGAUGACAUGUCGCAGCAAGAUCAGGACUGGUUUCAAGAGGCUCAAAAAGAGGUCUCACAGCGUGCAUUAGUUCUCUAUGACGAAGCACGCAGACGUGGAAUCGCCAAAGAACAGGCACGUUUUCUGCUUCCGCUUUCCACGCGCACACGUCUUUAUAUGAAAGGGAGUCUGCGUCAAUGGAUCCACUACGUGAAUUUGCGAGCGGCUGAUGGAACACAAAAAGAACAUCAAGAAAUCGCUAUAGCUGCACGGCAUGUCUUGGCGAUGGAGUUUCCUCUUUUGGCCUCAGUGCUCGGCUGGGACUAA